AUGUCUGUCUCUCUUCGCACUCUUGGCCGUGAUGGCCCUCAAGUUAAUGCUGUAGGCCUUGGUCUCCUCAGUAUCGGCGGCGUGACCUACGGGCAAGCAGGCCCCCUCGAAGAGACGGUGGCCUUUCUAGAUCACGCCCAUUCCACUGGCCAACGAUUCUGGGAUACCGCCGACCGCUAUGGCAACAGUGAAGACAUUAUCGGCGAAUGGUUCAAGAGAUCUGGCAAGCGGAGCGACAUCUUCCUUGCUACCAAAUUCGGCCUUGUGCACGGUGCUGCAGGGUUAGAGAUUCGAUCUGACCCCGAGUAUAUCAAGGCCUCUUGCGAAAAGAGCUUGAAGAGACUCGGCAUUGACACCAUUGAUCUGUACUAUUGUCACCGCGUGGACGGGAAGACUCCCAUUGAAAAGACUAUUGAGACUAUGGUUGAACUGAAGAAAGAGGGGAAGAUCCGGUAUCUUGGAUUGUCCGAGUGCUCAGCUGCAACUCUGCGUCGCGCCCAUGCUGUUCACCCGAUCAGUGCAUACCAGGUAGAAUACAGUCCAUUUGCUCUGGAUAUCGAGGGUAAGACCACCGGCGUGCUUAACACCUGCCGCGAGUUGGGUAUUGCCGUUAUUGCGUACAGUCCAAUUGGGCGCGGUAUCUUGUCUGGUCGGUUCAAGUCACCUGGCGACUUUCCAGAGGGCGAUUUCCGCCGAGUCCUACCGAAGUAUUCCCAGGAAAACUUCCCUCGGAUCCUGGCUCUAGUAGAGGGAUUGCAGGGUAUUGCCAAGGCUCAUGACAGCACCACGGCCCAGGUUGCUCUCGCAUGGUUGCAGGCCCAGGGCCCAGACAUCAUUCCCAUUCCUGGAACCAAGUCGACCUCGCGGAUGGAUGAGAAUGCCGCUUCUAGUUUGCUCAAAUUGAGCGAUAAGGAGGUGCAGCAGGUUCGCGAGCUUGUUGAGCGCACCGAGAUCAUCGGCGAUCGUUACCCGGAAGCACUGAAGCGAUUAUUAUCUUUUGCCGACACCCCGGCAUUGUAA